AAAUCCAGUGAUGAAAAUGGCUUUUGAUUCAUUUGAACGAUCCAUGGAGGAGUAACAACUUUUGUGAACCUUUGUACCACGUACAAACUAGCACACUCCUCCGUGGCCGUGGACCUUUGUCGUCCUCUUCCUUGACGCUCACCGGUGUACCACAGCAGGAUGCAGACCUGCUCAUUGUGCUCAAGGCGAUUCUCCCCUCCCCUGCAGACACAUCUAUUGUGAAAAAAAAUACAAACAAAACAAAAAAUAGCUAGCCAUAUAAAUAAUAAAAAUGGAUAAAAAAUAAGAUAAUAAGGCCCACAGAAUUAGAGAGAAUUACGAGGAUUCACCACAGUACCAAAAAAAAAAACAUAGCGGCGAGCUGCGUGCCUGCAUGGAUCACGGAAUGCACAGAAAUCGUGUGACAAGCCGGACAGAUCGUAUAACAAUGCUUCAUACUGCUACGUUGCAGCCUGCAUCUUUCAGACUUGCUACUCCUCCCGCGCCCCCACCACUGGAGCCAUCUCCGAACCGUUGAUCAUGGCCGUCGACCUCCCACUGAUAUAUCUACUGCUGGCACCUCUCCUCGUCCUCCUCCCCUUGCUGCUCUUCGCCUCCAGACGCUCUUCGUCCGGCGUUGCGCGGCCACCGCCGGGGCCGUGGGCGCUUCCGGUCAUCGGCCACCUGCACCACCUGGCCGGCGGGCUCCCGCACCGGGCCCUGCGCGACCUGGCCCAGCGCCACGGCCCGCUGAUGCUGCUCCGGUUCGGCGAGGUCCCCGUGGUGGUGGCCACCUCCCCGGCCGCGGCCCGCGAGGUGACCAAGACCCACGACCCGGCCUUCGCGUCGCGGCCCGUCGGGCCCAUGUCGCGCCUCUGGUUCCAGGGCUCCGAGGGCCUCGUCUUCGCGCCCUACGGCGACGCCUGGCGCCAGCUCCGCCGGAUCUGCACCCAGGAGCUCCUCUCCGCCCGCCGCGUCACCUCCUUCCGCCCCGUCCGCCGCCACGAGCUCCAACGCCUUCUCCGCUCCGUCGCGGCCGAAUCUUCUUCUUCUUCUUCUCCACGUCCGGCAGUGAACCUGACGGAGCUGAUCGCGGCGUACGUGGCGGACUCCACGGUGCGCGCCAUCAUCGGCAGCCGCCCGUUCCAGGGCCGCGACGCGUGCCUGAAGCUGUUCGAGGACCUGUUCCGGAUGAUGCCCGGGCUGAGCUUGCCGGACCUGUUCCCGUCCUCGCGCCUCGCGGUGCUCCUCAGCCGCGAGCCCGCCCGGAUCAAGCGGUGCCGGCGCGAGAUGCUAAGGAUCAUGGACGCCGUCAUCCUGGAGCACAGGGAGCACAAAGCCGCCGCCGCCGCCAAAGCUGCCGGCGGGGACGGGAAAGAAGACGAAGACUUGCUCGACGUGCUCCUCGGGCUCCAGGAUGAAGCCGGCUCCCAGCACCCGCUCACCACCGACAACAUCAAAUUCGUCAUCAUUGACAUGUUCGCGGCGGGGAGCGAGACGGCGACGACGGCGCUGCAGUGGGUGAUGGCGGAGCUGAUGCGGAACCCGAGGGUCCGUCACAAGGCGCAGGAGGAGGUCCGGCGAGCGCUGUCGGGCCACCGCGAGGUGAACGAGGACGCCCUGGGCAGCCUCCGGUACGCGCAGAUGGUGAUCAAGGAGACGCUGAGGCUGCACGUGCCAGGCCCGCUGCUGACGCUGCGGCAGUGCCGGACGCCGUGCCGGGUGCUCGGCUUCGACGUGCCCGUGGGCACCACGGUGCUGGUGAACGCGUGGGCCAUCGCCAGGGACCCUGAGCACUGGGAGGACCCCGAGGAGUUCAAGCCGGAGAGGUUCGAUCAGGAGAGCGGCGCCGGCGCCGGAGGGAGGGAUUUUAAGGGGACGGACUUCGAGUUCGUGCCGUUCGGCGCCGGGAGGAGGAUGUGCCCCGGGAUGACGUUCGGGCUGGCGCACAUCGAGCUCGCGCUCGCGGCGCUGCUGUUCCACUUCGACCUUGAGCUGCCUGCAGGCGUGGACGCGGCGGGGCUGGACAUGGCGGAGGAGGCCGGGAUAACUACCAGGAGGAGGGACGACCUCCUCGUCGUCGCCAACACUCGUGUUCCGGUGCCGGCAGAGUAGACUAGACCGGCCAUUGCUGUGACUCAGCAAUGCCGAUAUGUAAGCGACAAAUCUGACGUAUCCAGACUGAAAUUGCCAAACCGGUGAUCACUUUAUAUUUACAAGAUAUAUAUACAUUGUAAUGCAAGUGUAAACAUAUCGAAGAGGAAUUGCCGAUCUGCUAACAAAGAAUUGCUGAAA